AUGUCUUUUUGUCUGAAAGCAAAAUUUGAUGGGAUCAAGCUUCGGGGCCUGGCAGCUUACAAGUAUCGCAAUGACCAGCCGAGGUUUCCAGAAGAUCUACGGUGGUCAGUACUUCCAACAACCUUGGAUCCUAUUCCUGAGCCCCCGAUUCCUUUUAAAUCGUUCCUCGGGGACGAGAUCAUCUCGGCUAUUGAUUGGAAUCGGCCCGAUGUCAUCGGAUACUCAUUCUAUGGAUGGGACAAUACCAUCAUGAAGAUUAUUCCUCACAAAGCCGGUGAGAAGCACCCUUACGACUUCGGCUCGACCUCACAGUAUGUAUACUCUUGGGUGUAUUUCCCUAUCGACUCGGAUGAGCGAAUUUCAGAGGCUUGGAUUCGCCGCUAUGGUGUCAAGCUCGACAGUGACAGUCCUAACCCUGCGGCAACCCUUAUACUUCGAACGAGUAAGGGCCGCCUACUCACUCUUGGCCCUCAGCUGAAGUAUCAGCAGCCUGUGGGAUACAAAACACAUGCCAAGUAUGACCUUGUCGGAACUUUUCCACAGGACUCUCCCUGCCGCAUGUACUUCGCGAACUGGGAAACGAGUGGUUCGUGGAUGAGGUUCGAGGGUGCAUCUACAUUCGCGAAGCUCAAACUCCGUGGUUGUCGGAACAGAAGGCUUGGGCUGCUUCCUGACAAAUGCAAGUACCAGUACUCUUCUGCCGAACUUGAAGGGGUCCGAACUGUCACCCCGUGUAGGUCCUGGCGCCAUCUUGACGGGAUCCUCGGGCUUUUGCUUACCUACGAGGACGGUCGCAAACGCUGCGUUGGCGAAGUCCGUCUCGACCACCUGCUUGCUCCGAUUGAGGUCACCUCUGACACCAUGUGGAUUGUCUAUCCUGAGACAGAUGAAAUCAGCUGGCGUGCUCAUGAUGAGGACGGAUCUGGUGUUUACUUCGUCUCGUUUGAGGAACCUGAUGCAGAUGAAUGGGAGGGGCAAUGUAUCAAGAUUCCUAUGCGAGGGCGUCUUGACUGGUACUUCAGUCAACACCAGUGCCAUCUGUCCCACCGAGACGACAGUGAGCCCCAGGAUGAAUUCCUCGAGGCACUUGCACAAGAACCUGCCCCGGGUACGCCUCGCCCGCGCCAGGUAGCCAAGCCAUUUUCGGUCCUCGUCGAACGAAGCGCGGACAGUGACACUGAUCUUUUAGGGGACAGUCUCUGGGGGGUUUUGUAG